GCUCGGGGGCCGGCACGUCGGGCUCCUUGACGGUCACGGUUCUGUGUCUCCGCAGCCGCGUGAGGCCCCGGGAGCUGCGGGAGAUGAAGUUCGGCUGCCUGUCCUUCCGGCAGCCUCAUGCGGGUUUCGUCUUGAACGGGGUGAAGACCCUGGAGACGCGGUGGCGGCCCGUGCUGAGCGGCCAGCGGCACCGCACCCUGGCCGUGCACAUCGCGCACAGGGACUGGGAGGACGCGGCCUGGAGGGAGCUGCUGGCCGAGAGGCUGGGGCUGAGCCCCGCGCAGAUCCAGGCCUUGCUGCGGGACGGGGAGAAGUUCGGCCGCGGAGUGAUAGCCGGGCUGGUCGACACUGGGGACACUUUCCCGUGCCCAGAAAACCUAGGCCCCAGCGAGGUUGCGGAGCUGGAGAAUCGAGCCCUGCUGCCCAACCUGCGGCACAAGUACCUGACUGCGCUCGCCAACCCCCGCUGGCUGCUGCAGCCCGUCCCCGGGAGAGGCGGGAAGGACGUCUUCCAGGUGGACAUCCCCGAGCACCUGAUCCCCUUUGGGCAGGACGCCUGACCAGACUGGGCUCUCGGGGGGACGGCGACCGAGAGGCCAGCUCAGCGUGCCGCCGCCCGCUCGCCUUCACGCCCUGCACGUGCACGUCUGGCUCGGUCUCCGUCGGCCCUGCCCCGGGGAGCGCUGCCCGCUCCGUGCUGUUCGCAGAAGCAGGCGUGCCCGCCUGGCGCAGGGACCGGGCUCGGGACUCUCCUCGUGCGAUGCCGCUCCGGGCUCAGCCACAGAGUCUCGAGGACUUCGACCUUUAGGAACAGGUGGCAGUGUCACUCGUUUAGGCCCUACUGAUCCU